AGCUUUCAUCAAAUGCAACCAUCAGUUUCUUUCAAGCCUUCAACCAGUGUGUGCAAAUUUGUGUGAUCACUUCUCCUGGAUUUGCUUUCUUUUGUUGGCUUUUAGACUUGGAGGGGAAGAAGCAGGAAGCAUUAUCUUAAAAAGUUUGAGGUUCUGUUAGGUCUAUUACGCUGGAAUGAUCUCUUAGUUGAUUGGAUCCUUGGGUAUCCAAACAUGAUACGAAGCAAAUUGGAUGAUCAAUGGUAAAAGGAAAAAACAUUAAAAUAGACGCCUGCAUAUUGCCAAAAUGAACUGCCUUAGCUUCUCAAAUUGACAAAAAUUGACAUGGAGAAUAUAGCUGUGGCAUUCUGAUAAAAAUUCUGUUAACUGAAUUAGUGCUGAAGUUCAUCUGCAUGGGAAAGACAAUUCAGGUGUUUGGUUUCCCUUCUGUUGUGCCUGCAGAAACAGUCACCAAGUUUUUGGAAUGCUUUACAGGUCAGGGAACAGUAUAUGCUUUAGAGGUUAAGCAGUCCAAAGGAGGAAAUAGAGCAUAUGCUAAAGUUCAAUUCACAAAUGAUAGAAGUGCUGAAUACAUUAUGGCCUUGGCAAAGAAACGCCUUAAUUAUGGUUCUUCAUAUCUGAGGGCUUGGGAAAUGGACAUUGAUUUGGUUCCGAGAGCUAGAUCUUUCGAGCAUAACAUGGAGAAAAUAGUUUUACACUUUGGAUGUCAGUUGUCAAAGAAUAGGUUUUCAGUGCUACGGAAUGUUCCAAAUGUCUCCAUCAGGUUUGGGAUUGGAAUGAAGAAAAUGUACUUUAUUUUGCGGUUUCUCUCUCUUGACUACAAGCUUGAAUUAUCCAAUGAAAACAUAUGGCAGAUUGUACUACAUCGACGUAGUCAAGCACCGAAGUUUCUCGUCAUACAGUUAUUUGGUGCUCCUCGGGUUUUCAAAAAACUUGAAGAAUCCACUUUUAGUUACUUUAAGGAAACUCCAGAUGACCAGUGGGUCAGGACGACAGAUUUCACUUCAUCCUGUAUCGGGCAAUCGUCUGGUAUAUGUUUGGAGCUUCCUCGUGGCAUUCAACUGCCAAAUUUGGGUGAUUAUUUUGCUUGGUUCAAAGAAAGUGACAGCCAAUUUUUCCUAGAAACUGGUUCCCCCUAUUCAUACAAUUUGGUUUUAGCUCCUAUUCUGCAACCUCCCCAAGGACUAUAUUUGCCAUAUGAAAUCUUGUUCAAGGUCUGUUGUUUAGUACAGACUGGAUGCCUUCCAGGGCCAUCACUAGAUGCUAAUUUCUUUAGGUUGGUUGAUCCACGAAGAAUAGAGAUCAGAUACAUAGAACAUGCCCUAGAGGAUCUAUACGUGUUGAAAGAUUGCUGCUAUGAGCCUGUGCAGUGGCUCAAGGAGCAGUACGCUAAGUAUGACAAGCUUCAACGACUUCCUAAAUCACCCACACUUACUUUGGAAGAUGGGCUCGUAUAUGUCCGCAGGGUGCAAGUUACACCUUGUAAAGUGUAUUUCUGUGGUCCAGAGGUCAAUGUAUCUAAUCGUGUAUUGCGCCACUUUUCAGAGGACAUUGAUAAUUUUCUUCGUGUUUCCUUUAUUGACGAAGAGUGGAACAAGAUGUUUUCGACAGACUUGUCACCUCGUAUAGCUGCAAAUGAGAAUGGAAGGACUGAAAUUUAUGAGAGGAUACUGUCAACACUGAAAAAUGGCAUAGUUAUUGGGGAUAAGAAGUUUGAAUUUCUUGCCUUUUCUUCAAGUCAAUUAAGGGAUAAUUCAGUGUGGAUGUUUGCUUCAAGGCCUGGGCUUACUGCUGCUGAUAUAAGAACAUGGAUGGGUGAUUUUAGUAGGAUAAGAAACGUGGCGAAAUAUGCUGCCAGGCUUGGUCAGUCUUUCAGUUCUUCCACAGAAACUUUAAAUGUUGGUAGGCAUGAGAUUGAAAUGAUUUCUGACAUAGAAGUAAGAGGUGGUUACUUCGGCACAACCAAGUAUGUCUUUUCUGAUGGUAUUGGGAAAAUGUCUGCUCAAUUUGCAAGGCAAGUUGCCACGAAAUGUGGCCUGAGUUUUACUCCAUCUGCUUUUCAAAUUCGGUAUGGUGGUUUUAAAGGUGUUGUGGCUGUUGAUCCCACUUCAUCGAAGAAGUUGUCGCUGAGAGAGAGCAUGAUGAAAUAUGAAUCCGAUAACACCAAGUUGGAUGUUUUAGCAUGGAGUAAGUAUCAGCCUUGUUUCCUCAAUCGCCAAUUAAUCACUCUUUUGUCUACCCUAGGGGUCAAGGAUGUUGUCUUCGAAAAGAAGCAAAGAGAAGCAGUUGCCCAGUUGGACACUAUUCUAACUGACCCAUUGAGGGCUCAUGAAGCUUUAGAAUUAAUGGCUCCUGGAGAGAAUACAAAUGUUCUCAAGGAGAUGCUGAAAUGUGGCUAUAAGCCUGAUUCUGAACCAUUUCUUUCAAUGAUGCUGCAAACUUUCCGGGCAUCGAAGUUGCUGGACUUGCGGACUAAAACAAGGAUAUUUAUACCAGAUGGAAGAUCAAUGAUAGGAUGUCUGGAUGAAACCAGAACCUUGGAAUAUGGCCAGGUGUUUGUUCAGUUCUCUAGUGCUGGGCGUAGGCAGUUUUAUGAUGAUUCUAUCUCGUACUAUGAGCACAAGAAUAUUCUUAAGGGGACGGUGGUUGUUGCAAAAAAUCCAUGCUUGCACCCUGGUGACAUUCGUAUUCUAAAAGCUGUAGAUCUGCCAGCAUUACAUCAUAUGGUGGACUGUGUUGUUUUCCCCCAGAAAGGAAAGAGGCCUCAUACAAAUGAAUGUUCUGGAAGUGAUUUGGAUGGAGACAUUUACUUUGUUUGUUGGGACCCUGACCUGAUUCCACCUCGGCAAGACGAACCUAUGGAUUACACUCCAGCACCUACUGUGCAGUUGGAUCAUGAAGUUACAAUUGAGGAAGUUGAGGAGUAUUUUACUAAUUAUAUCGUGAAUGACAGUUUGGGAAUCAUUGCGAAUGCCCAUACUGUCUUUGCUGAUCGGGAACUAUUAAAGGCAAGGAGUAAACCAUGUCUGGAGCUUGCACAGCUGUUCUCAAUUGCAGUUGACUUCCCAAAGACUGGUGUUCCUGCUGAGAUACCAUCUCAUCUACGUGUCAAAGAAUACCCUGAUUUCAUGGAAAAGUCUGACAAGACUACAUAUGAUUCACAGCAUGUGAUUGGAAAGCUUUUCAGAGAGGUAAAAGAGAUUGCACCGCACACAAGUUCUAUUAGAUCAUUUACAAGGGAAGUGGCAAGAAAAUCAUAUGACACUGACUUGGAAGUAGAUGGGUUUGAGGAUUACGUUGAUGAAGCUUUUGAUUACAAAAGUGAGUAUGAUUAUAAGUUGGGCAAUUUGAUGGACUACUAUGGCAUCAAAACUGAAGCGGAAAUAUUGAGUGGUGGUAUCAUGAAGAUGUCAAGGUCUUUCGAUCGGAGAAAAGAUGCAGAAGCUGUUGGAAUGGCCGUGAGGUCUUUAAGGAAGGAAGCUAGGACGUGGUUCAACAGGAAUGGAGGUCACUCUGAUGAUGCAUUUGCAAAAGCAUCAGCAUGGUAUCAUGUCACUUAUCAUCCUAGAUACUGGGGUUGCUACAAUGAGGGACUGAACCGGGCUCACUACAUUAGUUUCCCAUGGUGUAUCUAUGAUAGGCUGAUUCAAAUCAAAAAAGCAAGGACAAGAAGGGCUCAGCAACCAUCUUCACUGGAGGUGCAGUUUAAUCAUAGACUGAGAUUGUAUUGAAUGAAUAAUUUGGCAUCAAGAAAGUGUGAAUUAGCUUUAAUGCUUUUGGUAAUGAGAAGACUUGGCAGCUCUACUAGUACUAGAGACUAUACUUAGGUGUGGCUUUCAUUUGUAUCUACUACAAUACUGAUUUAUAUCUACUGCUGUAAAUUAAUCAAGUUGUUGAGCGCGCACUUCCUUGUUGUCAUGUGAAUAUAUUUAGGGAAUAUGACAAGUACAUCCCAGUCUUGAACUGGGAAACUUGCCUUGUUUCAUAUUCUGCUUCUCUGA